AUGAUUCGGUUUAAACUCGGAUUUGUAAUAAAAUUUGAAAACCGAUCCGAAUCCGAAAAAAUCCGAACCGAUCCGAUCCGAAAACCAGUCGGAUUCAAAUCGGAUUCUAUAUAUCCCAAUCCGAAAAUCCGAACGCCCAGGGCUACUUCUUCGUCUGCUUCGGAAUGUUGUAGGCAAUUCUCGAAAGCUGGGGAUUGGGAAGGAAUGUCUGGUGGUAAUUGGGAAGUUUCUGCAGGUGGCUUUGAUCGUGUAAGGGUACAUCCUAAGUAUCUGCAUACUAAUGCAACAUGUCACACAUGGUCCCUUGGAGCUUUUGCUGAGCUACUGGACAAUGCCUAUGAUGAGGUUCGUACUGGAGCCACAUUUGUUAAUGUAGACGUGCUCCAGAACAGGAAAGAUGGACGCAAGAUGAUCUUAAUUGAGGACGAUGGAGGUGGGAUGAAUGCUGAAAUGAUGCGGCACUGCAUGUCUCUAGGAUAUUCUGCCAAGAGCAAAAUUGAAGGCACCAUUGGAAAAUAUGGUAAUGGAUUCAAGUCUAGUACAAUGAGACUCGGAGCUGAUGUCAUUGUUUUCUCACGUUGCCUUGGAAAAGAUGGAAAGAGCUUGACAAAGAGCAUUGGCCUUCUAUCAUAUACGUUUCUAAGGAGCACUGGAAGAGAGGAAAUAGUUGUACCAAUGCUGGAAUAUGAAAGAAGUGGUUUUGAAUGGUGUCCAAUGCGGUCUUCGGCUAGUGAUUGGGAGAAAAAUGUGGAAACAAUGGUUCAAUGGUCGCCAUUUGCUACUGAAGAAGAUCUUCUUCGUCAGCUUAAUCUAGUGAAGAAUCAUGGCACAAGGAUAAUCAUAUAUAACCUUUGGGAAGAUGACCAAGGAAUGUUAGAACUUGAUUUUGACACUGAUCCACAUGAUAUCCAGCUUCGAGGGGUCAAUCGGGAUGAGAAAAAUAUUGAUAUGGCUUCUAAAAACCCGAACUCUAGACACUUCCUGACAUACAAGUACUCACUCAGGAGUUACGCAUCUAUUCUCUACAAAAAGGUUACUGGUGGUUUCCGUAUCAUUCUCCGAGGAAAAUAUAUUGAGUAUCACGACAUAGUAAAUGACAUGAUGCUUACAAAAAAAGAUACUUAUCACCCACAAAAUAGGGAUGGUGAAUGCGCUAAUAACUCAAGUUUGUCUGCUGAGGUGACCAUUGGAUUUGUGAAGGAUGCAAAACAUCAUUUGGAUGUUCAAGGCUUCAAUGUUUACCACCAACAUCGCCUUAUUAUGCCAUUUUGGAGGGUAUGGAAUGCAGCAGGAAGUGAUGGUCGUGGGGUCAUCGGUGUCUUGAACGCUAAUUUCAUUGAGCCUUCCCAUGAUAAGCAAGGUUUUGUGACCGGAAAAGUUUUGUCUAGACUCCAGGCAAAGCUACUUAAAAUGCAGAAGGAUUAUUGGAGAGCUAAUUGUGGGAAAAUUGGAUAUGCUCCGAGGCAAGGCAAAAAUUCUGCUAAGGAUACUAACGACAGAGAAUCGUCACCAGAACAUGAUCCUAAGCUUGAAAACUCCUCUUCCGAAUCUAACAAACGAGCAACGCCUCCAGGAGCUUGUGAUGUGGAGGUCAUCAAUAGUGAUAAUGACUAUGAUUGUGAUUCUUUACCAGAAAUAAAUCUCAAUGAGCUUCCUGAGGUUCCUGUCACUGACCUCACUGAGGCUCCUGUCACUGACCUCACUGAGGCUCCUGUCACUGACCUCACUGAGGUUCCUGUCACUGACCUCACUGAGGCUCCUGUCACUGACCUCACUGAGGCUCCUGUCACUGACCUCACUGAGGCUCCUGUCACUGACCUCACUGAGGUUCCUGUCACUGACCUCACUGAGGCUCCUGUCACUGAGCUCACCGAGGUUCCUGUCACUGAGCUCACUGAGAUUCCAGUCACUGAGCUCACUGAGCUUCCUGAGAAGAGUUCUGAACUACUCAAGCCUCAGUCUAGUUCGCUUACCCUCAGUCAAUUGGAAGAAGAGAAUAAAACCUUAAAAGAAAGGCUCGCUAGAAAAGAAGAACUUUUCAUCUUACUGCAAAUGGACUUGCAAAGUGAGAGAGAGUUUCGCAAAACACUUGAAGCUGAGUUAACAACACUUACCAAUGACUUCUUCCCGUCGUUAAGAGCAGAUCUAGAAAAGGUGGGGAAAGAGCUAAAUCCAACUCAUAACUCAUAAUUUUGUAGUCAUUAUGAUUUUAUCACCAAAUGAACUUUUACAAAUUUUCUUACAUGAUAUUUAAUUUGAUAUGGUAUUGCAUGUAUACAUUAUAUGUUUAUUCAAUAUCCCAAAUUAAUAUAAGUUUGCUUUUUCUUUCUUUA